AUGGCUGAUGCCUCGCCGUUUGCGCUCCAUGAGGCCGCACGGCUAGGGAAUGGUAUUGUAUCGUCACAGGCCUUCCUGCUUCUUGAACUAAUGUACGCUCCCCGACAAGCAUCAGCGAAAGACGCCGAUGGUCGACUGCCCAUUCACUGGGCGGUUUCCGCCAACAGUACCGAGAUUGUCCGUUUGUUGGCGGAACUCCGUGACUUUGACCCGGACGUUGAGGACGAUAGUGGUUGGUCUCCCUUAAUGAUUGCGGUCAACGUUAAGGAUUCAGAGGAAGUCCUCUCCAUCCUCCUUGCAAAGGAGGCCGAUGUCAAUCAACAAAAUCACAAUGGGCAGACUGCCCUCCAUUUGGUCGCCUCCAAAGGAAACCUUGACGUAGCCCGAAUUCUGUUCCGGCAACAACCCCCGGCAUCCGCUAGGGUUCGGGACAAGCGCGGCCAGUAUGCGAUUCACCGAGCCGCUGCGGCGGGGUCAACACCCAUGAUCGCGUUGCUUCUGAGUCAUAGGAGCCCAAUAGACGCGACUGAUAGCUCGGGGUACACUGCCCUGCAUCAUGCCAUUGCAGAGGGCCACGGUGACGCAGCCGUUGCACUUCUAAAGGCGGGGGCAGACGCUAGCAAACGAGACAACGAUGGCAUGCUUGCGAUUGACCUGGCGCCUGACAAGGAGGUCCGUCGAUUUAUCCAACGUCAAGCCGAACAAGAGGGUAUUGAGAUUUAG